AUGAACUUUACAAGGAUCUUCCUGGUCAAGUGCUUGCUGCUUUUAUCUCCCAGUGUAAAAUGCUCUGUCACCAAAUGGAUUUACAAGACUGUGAAUGAGUCGGCUCUUCUCAGCAUUGCUGCUGGUGGGGACAUAUAUGAUGCAACGUGGCAGAGAGACAGAAAAAGGUUGCUUCAGAUAAAAGAUAAGAAAGUUAAGUACUAUGUGAACAAGGACCAGUGCAGGUGUAAGAUAUUCCUAAAUGGGACUCUACAAAUAGAGCAGGUAGUGAAAGAGGACAGUGGAAAGUACACAGUAGUAGUUUAUCAAGAGGAUGGAAAAUUGAAGGCAGAAGAAGAUACAAUGUUCAUCGUUCAGGAGACUGUCCCUCAGCCAGUCCUCAGUGGUGAAUGUAUGAAUAAAACCAUAUCUGUUACGUGUGAAGUGAAGCAGAAGACUAAAGAGGAAACAUUUAUAAUAGAACUGAUCCAAGAUAAAAGCAAAAAAAUCCGAAAGAAUGCAACAAGGUUGGAAUUGCACACACGGUAUUCUGGGACAUUCAGAUGUGUUGUUAAGAAUCAAGUCAGCGAAAAAAUGACUGAAAAAGUAAUUAAGUGCUCAGGCCAGCUGGAUCUUUAUCUCAUCUUAAGCAUAGCAGGAGGUGCAGUCUUCUUAGUCAUCUCUGUGAUUUUGCUUAUUUAUUGUAUCAGGAAGAAGAAAGCAGAAAGGCUUGAAGAUAAUGAUGAUGAGCAAAGGCCACGGUCUCGCCGGGUGGACAGCGAAAUGGUGGUGCGGGAGCUCCCUCCGGUGCCGUGCGACCCCACCCCAAAGCAGCU